AUGGAAAAUAUAAAAGUUGCUGUAAGAAUAAGACCUUUAAAUGAAUAAGAAAAAAUAAACAAAGAAGAACCAAUAUUUGAAGUUCAAAAUGAUAAUUGCAUAUCCUUAAAUAAACAAUAUAUAAAAGAAUUAAUAAACUAAAAAAAAAUGAAUUUAAUGACAAAUAUUUCUUAUAAAUUUGAUAAAUGUUUCAAUCAAAAUUCUAGUAAUUAAAAUAUUUUUAAUGAAUUAGUCAAUUAAGUUACUUAAUCUGUUAUUAAAGGUAUAAAUUCAACUGUUUUUAUGUAUGGAUAAACAGGUAGUGGUAAAACUUAUACAACAUUAGAUUAAAUAUUAAGCAUAAUUUAAUAAGUAUUUUUUAUUUAAAAAAAAAAAAAAAUAUUAAAAAAAAAGAAUAAAUAAUAUACGUUUGGAAUAAAAUGUAGUUAUUUUGAAAUAUAUAAUGAGAAUAUUUAUGAUUUAUUAAAAGUGAAAAACUAAUUGGAAGAAAGUCUCUGCAUAUCUGAAAAUUUAAAUAAAAAAGAUUUCAUUAUUAAAAAUUUAAAAGAGUUUCCUAUUUAAUAUUUAGAGGAUGUUUUAGAUAUUAUAUAUUAAGGAGAAGAAAACAGACAUUAUGCGGAAACUAUAUUAAAUCAUACUUCCAGCAGAUCUCAUACUAUAUUUAAAUUGAGUUUAGUCUCUUAUAGCAAUAAUAAAAUAGUGUAAUAUUUGUAAAAUAAUAAUAAUAUUAAUAAUGUAAACAACUAACAUUUAUUAGAAUUAGUAGAAAAUAAUAAUACUAUUAUAACUGAAAUGCAUAAAUAGAAGAUAUUCUUUAAAUAAAAAUAACAAAAGAUAGAAUAAAAGAAAGUCAAUCUAUUAAUAAAAGUUUAUUCUUUUUAACUCAAGUGA